UGCGUUGCCUUCUAGAUGUGGCUCGUGCAAGAAAAGGCAGAUCCUCGCCACCAGGUCUCGCGUCUGGAGGCCACAAUCGACGGUCCUCACUCGUGUCAACACUCGCCAUUGUCACUGGCUCAACACACGCCGCACACAAACACUCAACUUUCCACGGCUUCUGCCAAGAUAGAGCAGGAGGAGCAAGCCAUGACAGGAAGGGGAGGCGACUUGGCUGGUGUAAGUGGCAGGAGGGGAGCCGGCGGGGUGUGCGGGAGGCUGAUAGCAGUACUGGCGGCAGCGUUAGCUCUCCUCCUCUGCCUCCUUCCUCCAGCCACCGCCAUAGACCCGCAGUCCACCCUGGAGUGCCAUCGCCGACAGUACAGCUACAAGGUGCACAAGACUGACGAUAACGGGAGGAUGUGCUGGGAUGUUGUUAACGUUAUGAGCUGCUGGGGAAGGUGCGACUCCAAUGAGAUUGCAGACUGGAAGUUCCCCUACAAACGCUCUCACCACCCCGUCUGUAUUCACGACAAAACUCAAUUAACCGAGGUGACGCUGAGGAACUGUGACGAGGGAGUGGCGCCGGGGACUGAGCUGUACUCUUAUCACGAGGCCACGCGCUGCGCCUGUGCAGUGUGUAAGUCCUCGCAGGCAUCGUGUGAAGGGCUCCGCUACAGAGGCGCCCGCAGAGCCCCGAGAGCCCAGGUGCCCAGAGGCUGAAUGCUCCACCCACUUGGGCCUGCGACUGGAUAUCAAGACCCUGGUUCCUGCCUCCUCUCCCACUCUGUCACGUGAUUCUGAAGUCCUGCAGGAUAUACUAGAGCAUUGGUUUAGGAUGCUCGUGGAUCUAUUGUACGUACGUAGAGUCCCUUAAAUAAAUGCAGAUAUUAUUUUCUAAGGAUUCUCCUGGACGAAGCUCUUCAGGAUAUGUUGACGGUCCCAGCUGAGAUGACCGAGGUGUGGCGGUGGUGAUGGUGGUAGCUAGCUAGGGUCGAGGCAUCCACGGUGGCCGCCGAAAAGACUCCCUUCCGAUGCGCCAAACAUUCCUUCAUUCAUUUCUUCGUUUUCUUCUGACUGUUUUGAUUCGUUACUGAGACAAGGGAACAAGAAUACUCUGCACAGCAUCUCUUGAAAGAAUGAGAGAAGGAAACCUAACAGUGAAAUACAAGAAGGUGACAAAGAAAUGUCUCGGGAGAAAAGAAGUAUUGGCCAAGCGGUUGUAUGCUCACUCAAGAGACAGUGUAAACUAAACUGUAAUAAGAAUGACAUGUAUAAUCUGUCACUUGUCCAUGAUUUGUAUGUCAGUAGGUUAUGACAGGCGAGGACGAUUCAAGUGCUGACUCACAGAAUACUUCAAGAAAUAGCGACGAUUCGAGGAAGAGAAAAAAAAAAAAACAAGAUAAAGAAAAGACUGUGAAAGAGGGUAAAAAAAAAAACCCUGUAAAAUGAAGAAAAUAAAACAAGAUAAAGAAGAAACUGCAAAAAA